CUCAUGCCUGUGGAUUUAAGGCCAGUAAAAAGGAACCGGAGAUACUUGGAAAGAAUUUUGUAAUUGAUCCAUCUGGUUAUCUCUUUAAAUCUUCAAGCAUGUCGAGUCUCUCCUGGCAAAUCUCUCUUCAGGUUUUCCUGAUGUUAGUAUGUAUUAAAGAGUGCAUGUUAAUGCCAGACCCCCAUCAUAGGGACCUGAUGCUGAAACAAGAACUCUCCCAGCAAGUAGGAGGCAGAGUGGAGCUCACACCGGCAGAGCGGCUUCUGGACUCUCUUCUACACCAGUUGAAAGUGAAAGAAAUGGCUAUUCUGCCUUUUCCGCCUGCCAAACACUUCUUUAAAGUGCGACACGUGAUCCAAAAAAGCCCUGUCUUCAAACUGCUGCAGAAAAUGCCAAAAGGUGCCGCCCUUCACAUCCACAGCUCCGCCCUGGUAAGUGCUGAUUGGCUGGUGCUGAACGCCACAUACAGACCUAACUGUUACAUCUGCUUCAUGAGGGAGGGGUCAGUGCGGUUUAUAUUCUCCGCAUAUAUGCCCUUCCCACGUUGGGGGUGUUCUUUCUGGAGCCGUCUAGACACGCUGAGGGCCGGACUGAGUGAUGUCACUGCUUUUGACAACAGUUUGAUGAAGAAUUUUACGCUUUUCACGGAUGACCCGGAAACAGCUUUCCCCACACAAGAUGCAGCCUGGAAGAGGUUCGAGGAGAUCUUCGUAGCUCUCUCUGGGCUGGUCACAUACGCACCAGUCUUUAAGGACUACAUCUACCAGGGUCUGAAGGAGCUCUAUGAUGACAACAUCAUGUACCUGGAGCUGAGGGUUGGACAGUCCAGGGCAUAUGAACUUGAUGGCACUGUUCAUGAUAAAGCAUGGUCUCUAGAGGUCUACAGAAACAUCACUGAAAAAUUCAGAGAGAACCAUCCCGACUUUAUAGGAUCUCGUGUAAUUUACUCCAUACACAGAUCUCUUAGUGUGUCUACAGUGAAGCAGGUAGUUCAGGAGGCCAUCGAAAUGCAAAGACAAUAUCCAGAUAUCCUUGCUGGAUUUGACCUGGUAGGUCGCGAAGACACUGGAGGAUCAAUCUGGUACUUUAGAGAAGCGUUGUCGCUUCCUUCAGAGCUUAAGAAGAACCUUACUUUCUUUUUCCAUGCUGGAGAGACAGAUUUAGAUGGCACAGAGGUGGACAGGAAUGUUUUAGACGCCCUCCUGUUUAACACCAGCCGCAUUGGACACGGUUUUGCACUCGUACACCAUCCCCUAGCCAAAGAGCUUGCCAGGACGAGAGGGGUGGCGGUUGAGUUGUGCCCCAUUUCCAACCAGGUCCUAAAUCUGGUCUCAGACCUGCGAAACCACCCUGCUGGAGUCUUGAUGUCAGAUGGUCAUCCUAUAGUUGUGAGUUCUGAUGAUCCAACCCUGUUCGGCACUACAGGUCUCUCCUAUGACUUCUAUGAAGUCUUCGUGGGAAUUGGAGGAUUGAGUGCUAAUCUGGGAACUCUAAAAGAGCUUGCGAUGAAUUCAAUCAGGUAUAGUUCCUUGUCAUCGCUACUAAAAGAUAAAGCUAUAAUGCUGUGGGAGGAAAAGUGGAACAAAUUCAUAGCUGAUAAUUCAAAAUCAUGACCAAAAGCAGAGGAGAGGACUAUACAC